GCCGGCGGCUGGUCAUACUCCUCCCUCUCCUGCCUCACACUCAACACUCACCACUCACCAUGGAGCCCAGUACCUGGUGAUGGUUGUGUCACACUACCUGCUGCUGUUGCUGUGUCACACUGUUCACCCUCACACCAGGUAUUUUGUGGAUGCCAGUAACCAUGAGGAGAAGAAGAAAGACCUGGUUACUAUGUGGCCUGGCAGUGGUGGUGUUGGUGUAUUUGUGUGGGUGGUACCAGAGACUUGACAAGACAUUUGUUGCACUACAUACGUGCCCAGCUUGUUACGGCCAGACUCUCUGUUCCCACUUGCUGCACGAUGAGUACUCUUCCACAACCAAGAUACAAUUAACAGGGUUUUCAACUUGGAAAAUUAUGAAUUUUUUUAAUGUUAAAAAUGUGUAUUAUGGAGAAAGUGCAGAAAAUUCAGUUGUGUUAAAGAAAUUGGCUCAUGAUUCAGAAUUAAAGGAAUUUGACAGUAAUUUAUGCAAAGCAAGCAGAGACACAGAGCAAUGUGAUGUAUCACAAGCUAUAAAAACUCUUUUAAUUAAGACCAGCCAUAAUUUCUCACAAAUAAUUAGUAGAUAUCCACAGUUGUUCAAAAUGAGUGAAGGUGUGAAAUGCAACCAUAAUAGAAGCAUUCAACACUUAUAUGAUAACUAUGUAAAACUUGACAAUGGACCGUAUCACCACCACCACUUUAUCACUAUGUUAGCAGUCAACAUGGAACCUCUAAUAUUAAAUGCCUACCAGCACCAGCAGUGGUUUCCUUCCUUACAUGGAAUGUGUGGCCGUGUCAUGGUGGAGAGUUACGUUGGACCAACUCUCACACAACUCAGUCAAGUGCCUUGGAUUGUUCGGGCUGAUUAUGCUCACCAAUUGCUAGAACUUGCUCAGGACUUCACAGAUGGGGAUGUUCGGUUGUACUUGACUGAUGUGUCAUUGGACAAUUUCGCUGUCGACUCUAAUGGCAAAGUAAAAAUAAUUGAUGCCGAAAAUAUUGUAAUGGUAGAUCCAUCUAUUCCUGGCCUUGACCCCACAGAACAUGUUAAUGAUGGAUUUGGAUGUCGAGACUGUCUUAGCUUUUCAUAUGAAGAUCUGUGUGGCCAUACCUCUUCUGACCAUAACUUCUUUGCAGUAUGUAAGGGAAUGCUCUCAUCGUCAGCCUUUUCCCAAGAUCUUCCUGAAGGUCUCUUGCAUACUGCUCCUUCAUGGGUAAUGGAGAAGUAUCCCUUACUAUUCUCCUUGGUUGAAGACUGUGCUGGUCAUCCUUAUGGUAAUACCUACACUGCAACUCUGCCCACCAGGAAGAAGGCGGCAGCUGCUCUCCACACACAGCUGUUGGCUGUCUUACACAAAGGGCAAAAAUCCAGUUGAUAUUUUCAUUUAUAAAAAACUAGCACAUGAGAUUUAUUUAUUAAAUGGUUAUUAGUUUCAGAUUUUUUUUACAAAUUUAAUUAAGAAUGAUAAAUUAGAAAUGUAAUGGAGUGUUUGUUUCAAAGGACUCUCCUUUGAAACAAUCCAUAUAUCAACCCACUCUCCUGUUUAUAUAGUAAUUUUUGUAACUAUGUGCACCAUAGUACAAAGAUUGCCAUUCUAAGCAAUUAGAUAGUAGAACUUGGUACUAGUCACUUUAUAGUCUGAAAAAUGAAGCUAAAGAACAAACUUAAAUAUUUCUAGGCCUAGUAUAGCAUACACACAUGCACUAUAUAUGGCCUAGGAAGGUUAGGUUAGGUUAGUUUGUCUUUGACACAUAAAUAGAAAAUAGUUUUCUGGUUUGUCCAACUCAGUAUUGCCGAUCUCUUUCAUUGUACAUCGGUAUAUAUACUAUGGUCCUCAUCGUUACUAUAAGUACUACCAAAACAGGAGGAUGGGCUGCAUAUAUAUGCAUAAAUAUCCACUAGGAAAAUGAAAUGAAAAUUCCAAAUGUUUGUGUUUCACCACAUUAUCAAGGAAAUACACAGAUGACAUAAGAGUUGGGAUUAUAUACCCAACUACACCUGAGUGGACAAAGAUCCAUAAGCUAAAAUAUCUAUUAAUGGAGGCGAGAUUACCGUAUUACAUGCAUCAACAUUACAUGUUGAUGCAUGUAAUACGCUAUCAAUAUCCCCUAUGAUAUGCCAUUCAUCCACAUGUUCUGUACCACCUCACCCAAAGAGAAUAUAAGCCUGUGCAAAAGCAUGGUAAAUCAACUGAAGCCCCGUGCAUCAAACUUGACAUUAAUCUAAUGACAGCAGCUGCAUUAGAUGCAAAAUCCACAGCGACUACAAUGAUUAGAAAAGCAGAUGAAGAAUGAGUCACACUAGUGAACACUGUGCAUCUAUAUCUGCCAAGAUAAUAUUAAAACAAGAUUAAAACCAGUGCACUAAAACAGAAGUGAAAAAUAAACAGGGGGGAAAAAAGGAGGAAACCUCCACCUCCAUUUAAAACUUUGACCCAAAUAUCACAGUAACAAAGUUAUCGCGCAUAACCGAACUCGCUAUUGCCUGUGCUACAUGGACAUUAAGUUCUGAGUAGCUAAAUAAAAAGCAGCAGCAGCAGCAUGGUAAAUUUCAGCAGCUGGACACCCUCAUAAAUAUUGUAAAGCAGUAUCCUUUCCCCGCGAUAGUCAUAUAGUAAGGACUGGCAAUUUAAAUGUGAGCACAGUACACAGUAUAUCCUUUCACGACCAAAGAUCACAUUCACUCCAAAAAAUCUACCACUUACGGGCUAUUUAUGCCCACGCCACCUCACCUCUUUGAUGGCUUAAUCUUCAUCACUCAGUCAUGGUAAAUUAGUCUUUAAGAAUGUAAGGAGUGACCUUGUGAAAUGCAUACCUAGGCAUCAGACCAAAAGGGUGAAAAUGAACUUUAGUCAAUUUUUCAAUUUCCCUCGACAGUGAAGAAAAGCAUAAGAAAUAUUGAAAAAGAUUUGUUAGAAUUAUUAAAUGCACUCUUUCGGUCAUAUUCAACAAAUAUGUUUGCAAGAAAGAAUGCUACCAAAAUUUAUGUCUGAGGAAGUUGCAUGAACGCGCAAGCCAUAGAUCACUAAGAACUAUUUGAUUCGAAUCUUAUGGCCGGGUGACCAAGACCAAACAGUUUUUCUCAAUGAACUUAAUUCUUUGGUGCCUUCAAUAAAAUUCCUAUGUGAGAAUGAGAAGAAUGAUGCUCUUCUGUUUUUGGACAUAAUCCAGAAUCAAAAGAAGGUUCAAAUUUAAUGUGUAUAGGAAACCUACCAACGUGGGUUCGUAUGUUCAUUAUUAAUCAAAUCAUAAUAAAGUUAAACGGGCAAUAUUUUCAGGAAUGUUCUUUCGAGUCUUGAGGGUGUGCAGCCCCGAGUUUUUUUUAUGAAAAGAUUACUAAAAUAUGUGAAAUUGGGAAGAGUUUCAAUACUAAGAUGUUUUUGGAUUGCUCUUUCAGGCUAGCUAAACAUAAGUUUUAUAAUCAUAUCCCCAAAGCUAAGCCAGAAAUUAGAAAACUCUGUGGUGGUACCUUAUGCAGUAGGAUUUGAAAAACUUUCCCUGGUUUUUAAGAACCUUAAUAUCAGUUUGGUGUUCAAUAAUAGAACGAUAAAGUCCUAUUUAAUACAAACUUCCCUGGUACAGGAGGUUGUGUGUAUUCGAUUCCCUGCAAUGAUUGUGAUUCUGUACCUUGGACAAACUGGAAAAUCCUUACAAUUGUGUUUAUCCCAACAUGCUUAUAGUAUUAGAACUGCCCAAAUGUCUAGUGCAUUGUAUCUACACACAGGUUUGUGUGAUCACACUAUUAAUUGAGAAGAAGCGAAAAACAUUACAAUUGCAGCAGUUUCGUGGAAUGGAAUUUGAUUGAGUCUGCCCUAAUUAGUCAGUGUCCAAAUCUUCUCAAUGUUAGUACUGGUAUGUAAGAACUUGACCCAUUUUUAAGUUACAAUAUUGCACAACAGUUUAAGUAAAACCUCUGAUGGUGGAGAGUUACAGUGUCUCAUUACAGUAUUAUAAUCAAAUAUUAUGUGUUUGUUCAAUGAGACUUUUUGUUUAAUUAUUCUCUGACUGCUUGUUCCUUUUGACUGUUCUAAGCUAAUCUAUACUUGUUUCUGGGUAAAUCUUUUCCCAAGGAUGGGGGGGUCAGGUCGCAGUUGUUGGCCUCCACCCUCCCAAUGUUUCUCUCGGUCAGUCCAGUGUUGACAACGGCUUCGAUCAGCUGAAACGUUUAUCUCCCUUUCCUAUUUCUCUGGUUGUUUCGCAUAUAUACAGUACUGUAUAUAUAAAAAAUGUAUUUUGAAUGUAAUUUUUUUUCAACUUUUUCCAGCACUCUAUGGCUUUUAUAUUCAGGGACACAUUAGUUUAAAGCAUGCAUAUAUUGUCAAGAACCUAAUUACAGAAAGUAACCAUAUAAUCUCCCUCUUAUCUCUGUACGUUCACCAUGACAGGUAAAUGAAAAUUUUACCAAACUCUUAAAUGAGACCAAUCAAUGUUUUGUUUUGACUUCUUAACAUAGCAUUCAUGUAGCAAAAUUGUUUAAAUUGCAUUUUGAGUACAGGUAAUAUUUAAGGUGGUAUCAUUCAUACUCCUGCUGCUUAUUUUCCACUAUAUGGGCAAAUUUCACUAUAAAAUCUUAAACCUAGAAUCUAACUAAGUCUUUUUCAACCAUGUUGAUUUCAAAUAUAACAAUCCACAGGAUUUUGUUCCAUUUAAGACCAAUAACUUGCCCAUGACCCCAAACUGUUGUUUAUAUUAAGGUUUGUCUAUUAUUUUUAACAGGAUAAAGCCAGUGUUUAAGUGGAUUUGAAUGUGCAGUCCCUGUUUUACACAAAGGGGGCAGAAUGAGGUUGAUCUUUCAUAUACAGUAUCAAGAAAUUUUGAUAAAAAGGUAUGUCUGGAAAAGGGGACGGUAUGAAGAUCCAUUGGCCUACCCUGCCUGUUGGAAUGCAUAAUGUCAGGCAUUGGAAGAUGAACAUAACUUUUCAUAUAAUAAUAUAGCAUUUUUCCAAGCAAGGCAAGUCAUAAGCAACAAUACAAAGUCCUCUUUUUAUUAUAUUAAACUUAUUACAGUCUGCAAUAUCAUUAGUGUUCCAUAUGCGCACAUACAAAAAUAUCCCUCUCAAGUGAGUAUUGCUGCUGGUAUUAAUGUUCAUACCUUUCAUGCAAUACUGUAGUAAUAGUGAAAUUCCUGCUAAUAAUGCCAAAUUCUCAUGUGUAAUCCAUAACAGAUGCAAAUUUAAAGCUUUCAUACAGGGUUUAGCAACAUUAGCACUGGCAUUGUCUGUAGGGCAUUUUUCUUUGGUUAAUACAGUAUUAAGAAAAUAAAUAUGCUAUAGUUAUUGAAAUAACAGGUGCCUAUAAAAACACUAAAUAUAAACAAACAUUUCAACAUAUAUGAUCAAUUCUACAUAUAUAAUCAAACAAAACAGUUAUAAACAUUGUACAGGAUACAAAUUACAUGUGGGUGUAAGCAUUCAGUAGCACCAAGUGCAUUUCAACCCAACCAUGCUGCAUAUUGCCUAGGAAUGCUUUACCUAAAACACCACCCUCACAACCUCACGUUCAGGAUCUGUGCAAGAAUGAGUUCUCAGGUUGAGGCUGGAAUUGCCAAGCAGUGGAGCUGGUCAGGGGUUUGGAAACCCCACCAUGUUGGUGAGUUUUCACAUAUAUAACUUUUCAAAUUCUUAAAUGUAGGAUAAAAAACCAUG